AUGGGUGUUUUAGGCGCUGUGCAAUGGUGGGAGGAGUGGCAGCUGCGGAUCCUCGUCCUUGGGAGCCUGGUGAUUCAGUACAUCCUCCUCGUCUCUUCUGUCGCGCGUAAGUUCCCCAUCAGAUCCUGGUUUAGACCUAUUAUCUGGCUAGCAUACCUUGGCAGCGAUGCCAUUGCAAUCUAUGCGCUCGCCACCCUCUUCAACCGCCACCGAAAGCCACAGCAGAAGGAUGGACAUGGUGGCAGCAGCAUCUUGGAGGUGUUGUGGGCGCCUAUCCUCCUGAUACACCUCGGUGGACAGGACGACAUAACCGCCUACAACAUCGAGGACAAUGAGCUAUGGACGCGGCACAUCCUCACCUCGGUGUCUCAAGUCACCGUGGCCAUCUAUGUGUUCUGCAAAUCAUGGCCAGACAGCGAUGACACGAAAUUGCUAGUUGCUGCAAUAUUGCUCUUCAUCCCCGAUAUCCUCAAAUGCUUGGAGAAGCCCUGGGCUCUCAACAGAGCUAGCAUUAACAGCUUGGUGAGCUCCGGUGAGCCUAUUCGGAGGUCAAUACACACACAUAAGCUCAAGAUUGAUCCGCUUGAAGAUUUUAUUGACAAGGCAAUCAGUCCUGCCGGGCCCAAUGACCACCUUUUAACACUGACGGACCACACUCGGUAUAAGUUAUUUGUGGACCUUGCAUCUCCUUCUGUUGAUGAUCGGAUCAGGAUGCUACGGUCCUUCUCAGCACUUGAUGACUACCGUGCAUACCGUAAGCUGCAGUCUGGCAUCUCCGAGACCUUCCAAUUCCUCUACACCAAAGAAAAGCUAUGUACCUUCCAUUUGCAACCAUAG